UGAAAGAAAAUUUUUCUAUCUACCAAAAGAGGUAGCGAUAGAGCAAGGCAUCGUCAGCAACAAAUAGCCACAGCAGCGAUAAACACAGACGAUUGUGCAGUUGUGCAUAAAACUACGUUAGCGAUCCCAAUGCAACGGUCAGCAAUUAUUUCCAAACAAUCAUAGAACUUCUUCGCCAUUCAGCCGCAUCGAAAACAACGCAAAACAUUCGUUACAUAUCUACUAUUGGCAUUAUCAGCGCAGGAGCAAAAAAAAAAAUAAACAAAAGUUACCAAAGCAAUAACUUAGCAACAGUGCCAGUGUCAGUGUCAAUAGUUGAUUGUAAACUACUCGGCAGCAUCAAAAGCGAAAGCAGUAAGCAGUGAACAGUGAGCGGCAGCAGCAGCAGCAUCCGUAGAAAAUUCGAGCAACAAGUUCAAAAAAUAAAUAAUAAUAAUAAAACAUUAAUAAGCAGCAAAAAUGUUGAAAGCAAAAACGAAUGAUGAUAAAGUGGAUACACUGCUGACCAAGGGUCUGGUGCCGAUAAUUGAUCUUGCACAUUGCGGAACCGAAGAGGCGCCAGUGCGUUCAGUUGUGAAUCGAGUCGGCCAUCAAUUACAAAAAUGUAUGUCCGAGAAGGGACUAUGCUUGCUUGUAAAUCAUGGCAUUUCCGAUGAAAAGUUAAAAACCGCUUGGGAUCAUCUCGAUGAUUUUGUUGACCUACCUGGCGAUGUGAAGGAGCAUUACCUACGCACUGGUGAUGAUAAUCACGGCUACGUGCGCCCAGGCGUAGAGCGUUUCAAUGGCAAAACUCCUGAACUCCGCCAUGCUUUCAAUAUUUGCACAUUAAAUGCGAAAAAUUUACCCGAAGAACCAUUACCUGGCUUCGCGGAACACAUUUCAUCCUUGGCACGGGAUUUCAAAGCACUCUCCCGCUUCAUUCUGCAGUCACUUGCCGUCUCGCUCGACAUACCACAAUCGUUCUUCCUCGAGAAACACUCACACAUGCUGUCCGGUGAUCAUGACAACGAGUCCACACUACGUCUGCUCUACUAUCCGCCCAUCAUUGAGGAUACGGAUGAGAAGAAUGACUUUAUUAAGGGCAGUUGUAUCUACAGUUAUCAACGUUGUUUGUCGGAUAAACCCGAUUUCCGGCCAGAAACGAAUCCGCGUGAUGAAAUCAACGAAUUGGAUGGCAAAGAUGAAAGCAAGGACACCACUGAACGUCAGUUGCCCAACGGUGAAAUGAUACGCUGUGGUGCACACACAGAUUAUGGUACAUUUACAUUGUUGGCCCAGGACUCGGAGGGUGGACUUGAGGUGAAAAUGCCGGGUAGUGAAAAAUGGCAGCGUGUUGGCCAUUUGCCCGGUGCUAUAUUGAUAAACUGCGGUGAAAUCUUGUCGAUAUGGACGAAAGGACGUUAUCCAGCAUUGCAACAUCGUGUUGUGAUACCAGAACAGCCACAUAUACGCACGCGUGGCCGUCAUUCCAUUGCAUUCUUCUGCCAUCCAGAUAACUUAACUAUGAUUUCGCCAAAUGACCUGCCCAACACAGAAGUCGGCACCGAUACGGUCGACAAGAAGCCACGCAAGAAGUCCUUCAGGGCAGCGAAAGAGAACUUUUUUCUUUUUUUGAAAUCAUUUCUAGGGUUUACAACGCAUACCAGUUAAUACAGAAGCGAUUUCGGGAAACCUAUGGCCACCAAGCUUCGCACUGAUAAUUACAAGCACACACAAACACACAAACGUACAUUAAACCAACUCUAGUUUCUAAAUACAUAGUUCAUAAAUACACACAACUUGCAUACAUAGAUUGUUUAGCGCAUAAUUAUUUACAUACAUAUGUAGCUACAUAUAUAAAUGCUAUUGCACUUACACUGUACUGAUUCCAGUCGUAAAUUUGCCAUGCAGGCAGGGACAUAAAUACCCGAUCAUAGCCUUUUUAAAGACGAUUGUAUUUCUGUGGAAAAGUGGCAUAGCUUGAUUGAGAUGCCGGAGAGAAAAUAGCAGUACCGUUGUUUGAGUCCUCGAUAUUAAGCUUAAUUUAUUUAAUACAUGUUUGUUAAACAUAAUUUGUGUUUGUGUUUAAACACAAUAUUUAAAAAAAAAUAUUAUUUUGUCCUAGUUAAUACUUAUUAUACAUACACACACUUGUACAUCUAAACAUAGUAUAUUUACAUUCACAUCUAUGCAUAUUUGUUCGCUUGUGAACUACUCCAGGCCUACAUACAUACAUAUACAUAUAUAGGGUCAUAUGAACAGUAUCUGCGGAUUUUUGACACUAUAUCGUGUUGAUACCCAUACAUCUGACAACACUAAUCCAAUUGCGUCAAUCUGAGGUGCGUUUGAAAAGUGACAUUUCAGGCUACAUUUUUAGUGAAUAUAAAUUUGUAAUUUGUCGAACACCCAAAAAGUUAUAUUUAUUU